GCGUUUGAUGAGAAGGAGCUGUGACGGUCCUCACCUGCUAAGGCAGCGGUAAUGCAGGAUCUGGAGCAAAGAUGCAAAGGCACCUUCCGGGCUAUUAAAUUUUGCAGCUGAUUUGUAAAGCCGCAAAGACAGAGCUACCGGACUGUAAAAAACACCAAACAGAAACCCCUCUUCCAACGUCACCUCAGUGGCAGCCGCGGCCGCUCCGCAGGAGGGGCGGCGCUGGACAGCUCCGGGCGCGCGCACAUGUUCCGGCGGCGGCGCAGAUGUGACGUGAUGCCCGUUGUUUUGGUGCGCCCGACCAAUCGCACGCGCCGUGUGGAUUCUACGGGAGCCGGGAUGGGCCCGCGGUGGCGGCGGCAGGAGUCUCCCGUGCCGACCAUAACGCAUUGCGCAGGCAGCCCCGCCGCCCGGGGCUCCUGCGGCUUUAACGGCCCCGGCAUGGAGGCGCCGCGGCAGUUCCCGGCGGGCUGCGGCCCCGAGCAGCCGCCGCCGCAGCCGCCGCCGCCGCAGGGUCCGGAGAAGCAGAGCCUCCCGCUGCAGCAGAGCCCGUGCCUGCAGUGCAACAGCUGCGCCCCGCACGGCGCUGCGGCGGCGGCGGCGGGAGAGAACCUGCCGCUGCUGCUCCGCGCAGCCUCGCCCCUCGCCUUCAGGACGCGGUCCUCGCCGCUCUCCUCCGCCGCCUCCUCGCGGCAGGGCAGCCAGCUCAACGUCAGCGACGUCGCCCCCUCCAGCCAUGCCCGGCACCAGUAUCCCCAGUACCACCAGUGCCACGGCGGGCAGCAGGCGGGCAGCCCCGGCGGCGCGCACCAGCAGCAGCGCCGCGAGAGCAACCCCUUCACCGAAAUAGCCAUGAGCAGCUGCCGCUACAACGGCGGCGUCAUGCGGCCGCUCAGCAACCUCAGCUCGUCCCGCAGGAACCUGCAGGAGCUGGACUCGGAGUCGCAGCCGCUGCAGCCGCCGCUCGCCAGCCCCGCCGCCGCCCCCGAGAUCGUGGUCUCCAAGCCCGAGCACAACAACUCCAACAACCUGGCGCUGUACGGACCCGCCGGACCCGGCUCGGGCGGCGCCGGCAACGGCGGCAAGUCCAGCAAGAAGAAGAACCAGAACAUCGGCUACAAACUGGGGCACCGCCGCGCGCUCUUCGAGAAGCGCAAGCGGCUCAGCGACUACGCGCUCAUCUUCGGCAUGUUCGGCAUCGUCGUCAUGGUCAUCGAGACCGAGCUCUCCUGGGGCGCCUACACCAAGGAGUCGCUGUAUUCCCUUGCUCUGAAAUGCCUUAUUAGCCUCUCCACAAUUAUCCUGCUUGGGCUUAUCAUCGUCUACCAUGCAAGAGAAAUCCAGUUGUUCAUGGUGGACAACGGAGCAGAUGACUGGAGAAUAGCCAUGACUUAUGAGCGUAUUUUCUUUAUCUGCUUGGAAAUACUGGUGUGUGCUAUACAUCCCAUACCUGGGAACUAUACAUUCACAUGGACAGCUCGGCUCGCCUUUACUUACACUCCAUCCACAACAACAGCUGAUGUGGAUAUUAUUUUAUCUAUACCAAUGUUCUUAAGACUAUAUCUUAUUGCCAGAGUUAUGCUUUUGCAUAGCAAACUUUUCACUGAUGCCUCAUCUAGAAGCAUUGGAGCAUUAAAUAAGAUAAACUUCAAUACCCGUUUUGUUAUGAAGACUCUAAUGACAAUAUGUCCAGGAACUGUACUGUUGGUUUUUAGUAUCUCAUUAUGGAUAAUUGCUGCAUGGACUGUCCGAGCUUGUGAAAGGUACCAUGAUCAACAGGACGUUACUAGCAACUUCCUUGGAGCCAUGUGGUUGAUUUCAAUAACUUUUCUAUCCAUUGGGUAUGGUGAUAUGGUACCUAAUACCUACUGUGGCAAAGGAGUCUGUUUACUUACUGGAAUCAUGGGUGCUGGGUGCACUGCACUGGUGGUAGCUGUGGUGGCAAGGAAGUUAGAACUUACCAAAGCUGAAAAACAUGUGCAUAACUUCAUGAUGGACACACAGCUAACUAAAAGAGUGAAAAAUGCAGCCGCCAAUGUACUCAGGGAAACAUGGUUAAUUUAUAAAAACACAAAGCUGGUUAAAAAGAUAGACCAUGCGAAAGUAAGGAAACAUCAACGCAAAUUCUUGCAAGCUAUUCAUCAAUUAAGAAGUGUAAAAAUGGAACAACGGAAACUGAAUGAUCAAGCCAACACUUUGGUGGACCUGGCAAAGACUCAAAACAUCAUGUAUGACAUGAUAUCCGACUUAAAUGAAAGAAGCGAAGAUUUUGAGAAGAGAAUUGUUACUCUGGAAACUAAACUGGAAACUUUAAUUGGUAGCAUUCAAGCUCUCCCUGGACUGAUUAGCCAGACAAUCAGCCAGCAACAGAGGGAUUUCCUUGAGGCUCAGAUACAAAAUUAUGAUAAGCACGUUGCCUACAGUGCUGAACGGUCACGAUCUUUGUCAAGAAGAAGGAGAUCAUCCUCCACAGCACCACCAACUUCAUCAGAGAGUAGCUAGAAGAGAAUACGUUAACCACAAAAUAAAGACUUUUUGCCAUCAUAUGGUCAAUAUUUUAGCUUUUAUUGUAAAGCCCUAUGGUUCUAACCAGUGUUAUCUGGGUUCUGAUGUCAGAAUCCUGGAAACAUGAACAUGUUUUAGGCCAAAAUGAGUGCAAACUCUUCUUUUUUUCCCCCCUCCUCCUCUCAGAUGCACAGUGAAUGCACCUAUUACUGCUAUAUUAGAUUGUUCCUCCUGUAAUUUCACUAACUUUUUAUUCAUGCACUUCAAACAAACUUUACUACUACAAUAUAUAAUAUAAUAAAAAGGUUAAUUUCUGCACAUAGUUGCUUGGUUACUUGGACUUAACGACUAAAAAAAAAGCUCAAAAUAAGAAGACCUAAUCAUAAACUUUUAAGAAACAAAAUUGAAGCUUAAUAAUUAUCUCUCAGUAUGAAAACUAAUUCUCUAAACUUUGCUUGCACUGGAGGGGGAAAAAAAUCAAUAUUCAUCUAGCAGUGGGCUGUAUAUGUAUAGUCAUUUUAAAAGGUCACUGACAGCUUCGAUUUCUGAAGUGAUUAAUUAAAAAUAUAGUUUAUCCUAGAAAAUAAUAUAUGAAGUAUGCUAUGGGUUUUUUUAAUCUUCUUAGUGCUUUUGUUUAACCUGCAUUUGUACACACACUCAUAGAUAAUAUAUAUACAUAUAUACUUAUGUAUAUAAAAUUAUUUAUGCGAUGCCCAUGGCAACGAUCUUUUAAACUGACUAUUUGUAAAGCUGCUGGGAUGCAGAAAGCACAGGAAAAGUCCUGUUCGUUUCUUCGGAGUCUUAUAAUUAUGCCAGGUAAGUAUGUCCAGGCAGAAGCAUGGCUUUCAAGAUAGACCUCUCCCCUUGAUGCUCUCUGGGUUUUCACAGUGUUAGAUUUCUACUUUCUUCACUCCCUUGUUUAUGUUUAAAGUUUCUGGAGUGAAUGACUGACACACAGAGUUACCGUGUACACAGUCGUGUGAGGGCAGCACAAUGUUCUUUAUUCAUUGCCUUCGGGUAAUCCCGUGGUUUCUGCUGUGCGGUCAGACUGAGAAAGGAACUUUUAGCAGUAUUUCCAAAAGUUUAUAAAAAAACCCCUGCUGUAGGCUGGAGUUACAGCAGCGAGGUAUCUGUGGUACUUUACUUCCAUGCAUAAAUGUCUCCCUCUUUCUUACAAAGGUCUGCAAAGCAUAGCGGACGCAUUUAAGAGAAAAAUCUGGGUGUCUGUUCUCCCUCUUUGUAUUCCAGAACAAACCUAGGUUUGUGUGCUCGGCACAUGCAACUUGCAUUCACAAUUCCUAAUGAUAAACAUGAAAAUAUUUGACUUUAUGAAAUAUUUUAAUAGUACUUGCUCUUUAUGAAGUGUAGUAGUCUCAUCCCUUCCACUGAAUUUACGGAUGAGGUGACACUGUGGCUGAGUAUAACAAGUAGUCAUGGUUAACUCUUUUCAAGGGAUGCCACGUGUGCCUUGAAGUAACUAAGAUGCACAUUGAAGGAAAUGCUAAUUGCUCCCUGAGACACUAGUUCUGGUCGGUGGUGACAGGCGGGGAGGAUAGUAAUGCUGAAAGCCCCGGCACAGCUGUGCUGGACAAGACAGAAGAGCAGUUUCCCCCAACACCUUAAAUUCUCCAAACCAAAUACAUAGUCUGAAAAACAGCUGAUGCUCCAGGCUUGUUUAAAAUGAAACAUCUGCCUUCUUUUGGGUGUAAAAAAUGUUUAACUGGUGAAUUUGAGUUACAUCCAGAGGCAUCGCUGGUUUAUGACAAGGUCAAUAGUUUCUCCGAUGCUUUUUAUGCCCUUGAGGAAAAUAUGACUUUGCAGUACUUUCCCCCCUAGAUGAGCCGGAGAGUUGCACGCCUUUGGAGUGUCUUUUUUUCUGUAGACUGUGUUAUUUUCUGACUGGAAAUAAGCAGUAUGCACAGUAUUUGCAA